AUGACAGACACAAUUAUCCCCAAUGUCGACGGCGCCGCUACUCUCAGCUCGGGCGUAGCGUACUGGAGCAAUGCAGCGAAUGCUCGACUACCCUUGCUACCGCAGUCGGACGCCUCCUUGACGGAAGAAGCCUUUGAAUUGGCGUACGACGCGGAAGUUGCGGCCGUCUACGCGGCCCUGGAUGUUUUGCAAGCUUACCGCGACGUACAACGAGCUGGGAUAACGGAACAGCAUAAUGCACGGCUGGAUACUACGACUGUCUUCCCUCCUGAGAUCCUUAGCCAUGUGCUGUCAUACCUACCCCAGCCUUACACAGACUCUUCCCAAUACGUCCCUCGGGAACAUCUUUCAUGGAUGUCUGCAGCCCACGUCUGUCGUCGCUGGAGGGCAAUUGCACUUAGCAAUCAAUCCCUCUGGAGUAGGUUGCACUUGAUGAUGCCGGACGACGUCUGGUCGACGUUCAUGGAACGCGCAGGCGGUGCGUCUCUGGUCAUCCAAGGGAGAUGGAGAUUUGCUUCCCCUUUGCGGCGUCAAGACAUUUAUGAACGCCUGGAAAGGGUCGAAGAAUUGGAUUUACGCGUGCCCGAAAUAGAAGAAUUGGCCGACCUCUUCUUAGCCGGGACCGCCGCUUGCCUUCGCAGCUUCAUAGUGCAUACCAGCCCAACGCCACGCAUAGAUCCCUCGCUCAGCCACUUUCUCCUCUCUUGCGCUCCCGCUUUACGGCACCUCAACUUGUACGGAGUGCACUUUCCUUGGGGAUGCACCAUACCGACGGUCAAUUCACUCCGUUUAUAUGACCCUACCCUCCCCGGUGACCCCAUCCCGUCUUUCGCGCAGGUCGUGCAGACAUUGACUUCUACCAACCUCGAAGAGCUUGUAUUGACGGGCUCGCAACUCUUCUCACUUUCAUCGGAAGUCCCUCCGCCGGUUCCGAUCAAGCUUGGAUCCUUGACAUUGAAGUGUCAUGCUCAGCAGGCCGUCAUCCUACUUCGAACUUUCAUCUUAUCACCUACCUGCUCCAUCGACGUAUACGUGCGCUCAGAUCAAAGACCUGUGGUCACCGAGGUCAUGGACGACGAUACAUCGGACACUGCUCUUAUCGCUUCCACUAUCCGAGAUCACCUCUCAAGAGCCGAUGCGCCACGUUAUAAAGCAUUGCAGUUACAAUGUUACUCUCGAUGCGCCGAACUCAAAUUGGACCACGCCGACCCUGUCGUCACACCUGGAAGUAUCAAUGGUGUGCGUAUUGAAAUAUCAGUACCAGGGAGCCGCAUCGACAAGAGCUCGUGCCGCGCGAAGAUACUGAAGCUAACGCGCGCGGUUCCGGUCGGGCUUCUGAAGGGCCUGCAACACCUCACUCUCUCCUCUGGUAUUCACUGGUCCCGCGAAGACACCUAUCGGCUCUUACAUCAUACCACGAACGUCGAACGACUGACGUUCUAUUCGGAGGCACACGGCGGCAACGCGGCCGGUCUUCUCUAUAAUAUCAUAUCGCCGUCGAGACCCUCCUCGAAUGUUACGAACGCCGAAUCGCCUACCCACUUGCUUCCCGCUCUCAAGGAGCUGUACCUUCAUAAAGUCAACUUCAACAACAGUGUACGAUGCAAUGAUAAGGACGUGCCACUCACGGAGGCGUUAUUGGAUGUCCUUAAGAGUCGACGCGACGUCGGAUGCAGAGUGCAGGUCUUACGCCUUGGGGAGUGCCGCAGUGUCUUAGAUAACGAUCUGUACCGAUUCAGUCGGUGGGUGGCGGAUGUGAUGGUGGUGUAG